GACAAAACCAAAAGGAGGAGAAAUUAUGCCCAGAAAAUUUUACCCGCAUCCUGGACAGCUUACUCGAUGGUUAUGACAACAGGCUGCGUCCUGGAUUUGGGGGUCCUGUUACAGAAGUAAAAACUGACAUAUAUGUCACCAGCUUUGGACCUGUUUCUGAUGUUGAAAUGGAAUACACAAUGGAUGUGUUCUUCAGACAGACGUGGAUUGACAAAAGACUAAAAUAUGAUGGCCCCAUUGAAAUUUUGAGAUUGAACAAUAUGAUGGUAACAAAAGUAUGGACACCUGACACUUUCUUCAGGAAUGGAAAGAAAUCUGUUUCACAUAAUAUGACAGCUCCAAACAAGCUUUUUAGAAUUAUGAGAAAUGGCACUAUUUUAUACACAAUGAGACUCACCAUAAGUGCGGAGUGUCCCAUGAGAUUGGUGGAUUUCCCCAUGGAUGGUCAUGCAUGCCCUUUGAAAUUUGGAAGUUAUGCAUAUCCGAAGAGUGAGAUGAUUUAUACCUGGACAAAAGGUCCUGAGAAAUCAGUGGAAGUUCCAAAGGAGUCUUCCAGCUUAGUCCAAUAUGACUUGAUUGGGCAAACUGUAUCAAGUGAAACUAUCAAGUCCAUUACGGGUGAAUAUAUUGUUAUGACAGUUUACUUCCACCUCAGACGGAAGAUGGGUUACUUUAUGAUUCAGACGUAUAUCCCAUGUAUUAUGACAGUGAUUCUUUCUCAAGUUUCAUUCUGGAUAAACAAGGAAUCAGUUCCAGCUAGGACUGUAUUUGGAAUAACCACAGUCCUCACCAUGACCACACUGAGCAUCAGUGCCCGGCAUUCUUUGCCCAAAGUGUCCUAUGCUACUGCCAUGGAUUGGUUUAUAGCUGUCUGCUUUGCUUUCGUAUUUUCUGCACUUAUUGAGUUUGCUGCUGUCAAUUAUUUUACCAAUAUUCAAAUGGAAAAAGCCAAAAAGAAGUCAUCAAAAGCCCCCCAGGAAAUCCCAGCUGCUCCAGUGCUGAAAGAGAAGCAUCCUGAAACACCUCUGCAGAACACAAAUGCCAACCUGAAUAUGAGAAAAAGAACAAAUGCCUUGGUUCACUCGGAAUCUGAUGUUGGCAACAGAACUGAGGUGGGAAACCAUUCGAGCAAAUCCUCCACAAUUAAUCCAGGAUCUUCUGAAGCCACAUCACAGUCUUACUUAGCUUCCAGUCCAAACCCAUUCAGCCAUGCAAAUGCAGCUGAAACAAUAUCUGCCGCAAGAGCACCUCUAUCUGCUCCUCCCUCUACUCCUGGGAGAACUGGGUAUGUGCCCCAACAGGCUUCUGCUGGAUCUGCUUCUACCCAACGUGUGUUUGGAUCAAGACUGGAGCGAAUUAAGACCACUAUUAAUACCACAGGGGCUUCUGGGAAGUUGUCAGCAGCCACUACUCCCUCUGCCCCCCCGCCAUCUGGGUCUGGCACAAGCAAAAUAGACAAAUAUGCCCGUAUUCUCUUUCCAGUAACAUUUGGGGCAUUUAACAUGGUCUAUUGGGUUGUUUAUUUAUCUAAAGACACUAUGGAGAAAUCAGAAAGUCUAAUGUAAUUUUGUUGCUAGAAUAGUUUCCUAAAAGAUGAUGAACUCAAUGCAGA